AUGCGGAACCCAACUCGGCGACUGCUGCUUCUCCUAGCAGCUGUCACGGCACGGACGGCAUUGGCGUCGCCCAACUGCCCGCCGCUGGGCCCCGUGUUUGAAAAGCCGCAAAAUUUCAACUCGAGCGCGGCGAUACGGUCGGCGCUGGCCAACCUCACGCAGGCACUGACGGCGCGCGACCGAGACAACUCGGCCGCGGUGCUGGCCAACACGACCAGCUACAGUAUCGAGGUGUUCAGCACGAGCGGCGACACGCCCGUUGUCUUCAGCUGGCACCACACGGCGUCGGCGCUGGCUGCCAGCAACUCAUCGGCGGCCGGGGUCAAGCGCGUCGACUCCAGCACCGUCUACCGCCUGGGCAGCCUGACCAAGGUCUUCGCCGUCUACACCUGGCUCGCCCAGGACGGCGACGCCAAGUGGAACGAACCAAUCACCAAGUACGUGCCCGAGCUGGCCGCCGCUGCCGAGAGGGCCAAGGCCGAGAACGACCCCGUCAAGAACGUCCCGUGGCAGGACGUCACCAUCGGUGCACUUGCAUCGCAGCUGUCGGGGGCCAUCAGAGACUACGGGCUGCUGGGCGAGCUGUCGCAGCAGAUCAAUCAGAGCACGGCCGUGUCGCUGGGGCUUCCACCCCUGAAUAGCUCCGACCCGAUGCUGAAUCCGUGCGGCCAGUGGCCGCUGUGCAACCGGACCCAAUUCUUCGACGGGCUGCUGCAGGCAUACCCGUCGUACGCGCCCUUCACAACGCCGGCGUACACCAACACGGGCUUCCAGGUCCUGGCGUACGCGCUCGAGAGCAUCAAGGGCAAAAGCUUCAAAUCCAUGAUGCAAGACAGCAUCCUGAGCCCGCUGGGCCUCAACCGCACCUACUACGACAGCGCGCCCGCCGAGCAGGGCGUCAUCCCUGGAAACGCGUCUGACUCGACGUGGUAUUAUCAGCUAGGCGACGAAAGCCCGGCCGGGAAUAUGUACUCGUCGGUAGGCGACCUGUCGGUGCUCGGGCGGUCGAUCCUGGGGUCGUCUCUCCUCGCACCAGCGCUGUCGCGGCGGUGGCUCAAGCCGGCAGCGCUGACGUCGGAGCCAGUGGCGAGCGUGGGGUACCCGUGGGGGAUCCGGCGGGUGAUUCUGCCGCUGGCCAACGGCAAGCGCACCGUUGACGCGUACAACAAGGCCGGGCGCAUCGGCUUCUACUCGUCGCUGAUCAACUUGCUGCCCGACUAUGACGUCGGCUUCUCGGUGCUGAUUGCCGGGCCCGCCAUCCCAGGCAACAGCAACUUCAACCUCGCCGACUUCAUCGGCGUGCGCCUCGUGCCCGCGCUCGAGGCCGCGGCACGCGAGCAGGCCAACGCCAAGUACGCGGGCGACUACCGCUCGGUGUCGACCAACUCGUCGCUGCGCCUGACCACGCAGGACGACCGGCCGGGGCUGGGCAUCGAGAACUGGCUGAGCAACGGCACUGACAUGCAGACGACGGCCGUGGUGCUGGCGGCCGGGUACACGGGCGUGCAGCCGAGCAUCCGGCUGUACCCGACGGGGCUCGAGACGGUGCGGGCCGACGGCUCGCGCAGCGCCGCCUUCAAGGCCACGUUUGAGGACGUCGGCCUGCCUGCCCGCAACGACAUGUUCUCGACCGACUGCGGCAGCUGGGUCACGCUAACGAGCGUCACGUACGGCACCCAGUCGCUCGACGAGUUCGUCUUUGAGAUUGACAGGGCCGGCAAGGUUGUAAGCAUCGAGUCUCCGGCUUUGAGGGUGGUUAUGCAGAAGACGUAG